AUGGAAGGAGGCCAGGCUUCUCGAUUCAGAGGUGUUAUUUCAAGGAGGACUGGGAAAUGGGAGGCUCAAAUCACUGUGGACAGAAAGCGAUUGUGGCUCGGAACCUAUGAAACGGAGGUAGAUGCUGCCAUUGCUUAUGACAGAGCCAGUCUAAAGCUUCUUAGGUUUUCCUCACUUAAUUUCCCAUUCACCGUCAGAACUCCUCUAGAGAUGCAGUUUCAAAGCAUGUAUCCUUUUGAAACAAUCAUAUCCAUGAUAAAAAAUGGAACUUAUGCGUAUUUCUUGGGAUAUAAGGCUAAUCUUGCCAGAAGUUUUCUUCCUGGUGUUAGAAGUGGUCAGCGGAGAAUAGUCAAUGCUGGAAUUGGUGGUGGCCCUCGCAAUGAGGUUCAUGAACCAGUUAUGUUGUUCGGUGCUCGAAUUGGUUAA